UUUGCGGCCACACUGCGUCGGGGGUGAAGCAAAUUCGGGACCAAAAGAAAAUAAAAAGCGAAAAUGUGCGUGAAAUAGUGAAAAUGUGAAUGAAACUAUUGUGCACACGAACAGUGGUGAUAAUGUGUUGCGUUAUUAGUUAGAAGGACUCCAUUAAAACGCUUCAAAACGUCUCUAAUGCGUACACAUCGAACGGCGUCUGCCACCGACCCGACUCCGCCCUGCAUACCUACAUAUGUACAUAUGAAAAACCUGCUGCCGUCGGCCGUAAUUACAGUUAGACACUAAAAUAGCUGCACGGUCAGGUUGAGAUAAUUAAGGAACAAAGCGAGAGCGCAGCGACUGGACUGCAUUGCCCACGCACGCGUUCCAAUUGCAAUGGAAAACGAAUCCGUCAAGUCGGAACAUAGUGGACGCUCAAGACGGUCGCGAAAUCACAACAACAAUAGUAGUAAUAGCGGUGCUGGUAGUGGAGGCGGUGGUGGCGGCGGAGGAGGAGGAGGAGGCGGAAGUGUGAACAACGGCUACCACAGGGAGCGAGAUCGUUCCCGUCAUUCCCAUCGCAGCACGCAUUCGUCCAAGUCGGGCAAGGGUUUCCAACGUGGCGAUAUGGCACCCUAUCAGACCAGUGUUAACAUGACCGGUGACGAGAGUCGUGACGGCCAGGAGGUUAUAGAAGUGCAGAUUCUACCCCAGGAUGAGAACUGGGGAGAGAAUACCACGGCCGUCACUGGCAACACCUCCGAGCAGAGUAUAUCCAUGGAGGACAUUAACAAUAUGUGGCAUCGUGAGAGCGACAAAGGAUUCGGCUUCGCCUGCCGCCGCUAUGUAGAGUCCAGCUUCUACUUUCUUCUUGGCUGUGGGGCCUUCUUCUCGCCGGUGGCCAUGGUGGUGAUGCCGCACGUUGGAUUCUUCCCGUCGGCCUUUGAUCGUCCGGAGCUCACACAGACGGUGCGCACCCAGGCGCACCUCCUGGCCUGCAGUGAGCAAUGCAAGGGCCAGCUUGUGUCGCUGGCUGCUCGCUUGCUGCUCCUGGCCAUCGGCCUGUGGGCGGUAUUCAUGCGGCGCACUUCAGCCACAAUGCCGCGCUUUUUUCUAUAUCGGGCAAUUGUCCUCCUCCUGGUUACUAUCUGCACAUUCGCCUAUUGGUUCUUUUACAUCGUGCAGGUCACGAAUGGAGCCAAGAUUGUGGUGGAAACCGGCGGCGAUGCUGUCGACUACAAGUCGCUGGUGGCCUACGCCACAAACUUUGUGGACACGCUGCUGUUCAUCCACUACGUGGCCGUGGUCUUGCUGGAGCUGCGUCACCAGCAGCCCAGCUACUAUGUCAAGAUCAUACGUUCUCCCGACGGAGUGUCGCGCUCUUAUAUGCUCGGUCAGCUAAGCAUACAGAGGGCUGCCGUCUGGAUGCUCCAGCACUACUACGUCGACUUUCCCAUCUUCAAUCCGUAUCUGGAGCGCAUUCCCAUUUCGAUCUCCAAGUCGCAACGCAACAAAAUAUCGAACAGCUUCAAGUACUACGAGGUGGAUGGUGUCAGCAACUCGCAGCAGCAGAGUCAGAGUCGAGCCGUUUUAGCCGCCAAUGCCAGGCGGCGCGACUCCUCGCACAACGAACGUUUCUACGAGGAGCACGAGUACGAGCGACGGGUCGAGAAGCGUCGCGCUCGCCUCAUCACCGCUGCCGAGGAGGCCUUCACCCACAUCAAGCGCAUACACAACGAGCCCGCCCCAGCCCUGCCGCUGGAUCCACAGGAGGCUGCGUCAGCAGUCUUUCCAUCAAUGGCCCGAGCUUUGCAGAAGUAUUUACGAGUGACCCGACAACAGCCACGGCACACAUUUGAGAGCAUACUCAAGCAUUUGGCCCACUGUCUGAAGCAUGAUCUGUCGCCCCGAGCCUUCCUGGAACCAUAUCUGACCGAGUCGCCGGUGAUGCAGAGCGAGAAGGAGCGUCCUUGGGUUCAGUCGUGGUCCCUGAUCUGCGAUGAGAUCGUCUCCCGGCCCAUUGGCAACGAGUGCACGUUCCAGUUGAUACAAAACGAUGUCUCCCUCAUGGUCACCGUGCACAAGCUGCCGGAUUUCAACCUGGCCGAGGAAGUGGUCGAUCCAAAGAGCAACAAGUUUGUCCUCAAGCUCAACUCGGAGACCUCCGUAUGACACCAUCACAAUGCACCGCCCAUAAUCACGCCCACGCACAGCAAUCGUACACAAUCGUCCUACCUGCAUGUGUCUGAUGGCCUGUUGUGUCAUAAAGAUUUCCUCAUUCCUGGAUGGAUUUCCAAUGAAUUAUUGUAUUUUAUACGCCUAUGUAUAUGUAUAUCUAUAUCAUCGCAAGAAUCAAGCCCAAUUGGAUCAUCAA